UUAAUUAAAAAAAAACACGCAAUCAUCCGCACUAAUCAGUAAUCCCUGAUUUCUUUAUCCCUCCUGUAAUAAAAUGGAAGUCUCUCGUCCCGUUCUUCUCCUCCGCCUCCUCCUCCCUUGAAACCCUAAAACCAGAAACAUAUAAGAAAAAACCUCCAUGGCUCGAGGGCUCCGCGGGGUCCGUAACGACCUCUCCGAGCUGGGGCGCCACCUCGUCGACAUCGCCUGCUUCCUCCACCCGCUCCUCUCCCCGGCUUCCUUCACCGACUCCCCGCCCUCGACCCCGCGCCGCUCCCCGUCACCGGCGCCACGGCCGCCGCCGCCUUCGCGGCUGAUCGCCGGGAUCCUCAGCGACCUCGCCGAGCUCAGCGGCACCCUGCGCGGCGGCCUCUCGCGGUUCUCCUCCGCCCUCCGCGGCCCCGCGGAGUGGGACGGCGCCGCCGCCCCGGAUGCUCGGGAGACGGAGCCGGGCGACCUCGGGCUCUCCGAUGAGGUGGUGGAGUUCGUCCGCGAUCUCGCCAACUUGCCCGAGUCUUUCCUGGAUUUCCCCCUGCCGGCCGAGGAUGAUUUUGAUAUGUCUCACAUUCAAAGAGAGCAUAUUGCAGCCGUUGAACGGUUAGUGCCUGAUUUUGCUGAUCUGCGGAUUAGACUUUGCCCUUCUUAUAUGAGUGAAGCUUCUUUCUGGAAGGUUUAUUUCACCCUAUUGCAUCCACAGCUGAAUGAACAUGAUUCAGAGCUGUUAUUGAGCCAUCAGGUUGCGGACUCCAUGCAUGUGAUCAUGAACGAUAUGCAGAGUAGACCAGAUUCACAAGCUCCUAAUUCUGAGACGGAGAGCUCAUCCGGGAUGACUAGCAGGGAAAACAUUGUUCGGCAAGAGAAUGACCAAUCUUCAAAUGCUCAACCACUUGCCAAGACAACAUCUGAACAAAGCAUUGGUCAAUGGUCAGAGAUACGGUCUUCAAGGGCUCAACCGCUCACCAAGACAACGUCUGAACAAAGCAUUGGGCAAUGGUCGGAGAUACCUUCCGAUGUGGAUGUCUUGAGCGAGAUUAGGAGACUGCAUAGCACUGAUGAUUUAUCGUGCAGUGAGAAUGUUGGGGAGAAUAUUGUUGUGAUGGAGGAGUAUAUGGAUUCACUACUCGGAGAGGAGACACAAGUGCAUUCUCUUAGUUCCUCCAUUAGACGGGAUGCAUUAAGGAGAAAACCUGCUUCUUCUUCUUCGGGUGAUUAUAAUUCUUCUGCUCAACGAUUGCCUCAAGCCAAAGUCAUCUCUUCUGAGGGAUCUGGGAGUUGGCGUGCCGGUGGAGACUCCGACUUCGAACUUCUCUAAAAAGUCUUUAAAAGUUAUACUUGAUUUCUGUAUAGUUAUAAUAAAAAGAAAAAGUAUAACUAAAUUCUCUUUUCCUUGUCUUUUUAUUUUCUUUUUUUCUUCGUUUCAAAUCUGUAAAUGUGUCUCUGGAAUGAUAAUAAUUAUUAUUCACGUUCUAAAUUUUCUGAACAGUACUUAGUCUGGGGAAUUUAUGUUCUUAAUAUGCCAAGCGAAUGACUGUUUUAUAGUAAAUUUUAUUUAAAUAUUUCUUUAAUUUAA